AUGUCGUCUGAUUCGAGCUAUACUCGGUGUGUAGUGUGCUUCCAUGGAUUGAUUGCAAAUGUGUUGACUUCAAACACAGACAAGAACCCAUCACGGCGAUAUUACAGAUGUCCAAAUGAAGAUGAUGAGAAAUGUAAGUUCUUUCAAUGGGUUGAUGAAGAAUUACCUUCAUUCAAAAAGGUUAGAUUUUUGAAGUUGAAGUCUCAGAAUAAUCUGUUGGAGGAGCAAUUAAAGUGCACAAAAUAUUAUGAGAGUUUGCUUGCUGAGAAGCUAGAAUUGAAGGAGAAUGAAAUAACUAGGCUACAAAACAAGCUCGAUGAUUUGGAGAAGACCAUUGCACAGCUAGAAUUGAAGGAGAAUGAAAUAUUUAGGCUGCAAAACAAGAAUGAAGAUUUGGAGAAGACCAUUCAUGCCAUGUGCAAGCUACAAAACAAGAAUGAAGAGCUGGAGAAGGCCAUUCAUGCAAUGUGCAAGAGAAAGAAGAUUGAGAGAAAAUUGAUUUUGUUAGUUUUAGUUUUUUGUGUGGCUAUGUAUUGGAAUGGAGUUGGAAAUGGAAAUGGUAGACUGAUGCUUAAAUAG